GCUGCCCCUGCGGCUCAGGCACCCGCGCCAAGGCGGAGGUGCUGACCCGACCCACGGCUGACCUGUGCUCUCCCGGGCCCGUCCCUCAGCCUGAGCCUUUGACCCCUCCCCGCCCCCCCGUCCUGCUAGCGCCGGAGCCAUGAGCCUGCGGGAGCUGCUGCGCCGGCCCAGCUGCCCCGUAGCCCCGGGCGCCCUGUGGCGGACGCUCCCGCGGUCGCCCCCCGCGCCCCGGCGGAGCCUCUUCUCGGGAUCCCCGAGCCACUGGAACCAGGUGGUGUCCGAAGCGGAGAAGAUUGUGGGCUACCCGACCUCGUUCAUGAGCCUGCGCUGCCUCCUGAGCGACGAGCUCAGCAACAUAGCCAUGCAGGUGCGCAAGCUGGUCGGGACGCGGCACCCGCUGCUCUACACGGCCAGGAGGCUUGUACAUGACAGUCGGAAUAACCUCCAGAUGCGUGGCCUGGUGGUCUUACUUAUUUCCAAAGCAGCUGGACCCAGUAACACUGCAGCAUUGUCUCUCAAGCAUGACAUGGUCAGUGGAAUUUAUCCCAGUCAAAGAAGUCUGGCAGAGAUCACAGAACUUAUCCACACCGCUUUCCUUGUGCAUCGUGGGAUAGUAAAUUUAAGUGAAUUGAAUUCUUCUGAUGGUCCACUGAAAGACAUGCAGUUUGGAAAUAAAAUAGCCGUCCUGAGUGGAGACUUCCUUCUGGCAAAUGCCUGCACUGGGCUAGCCCAGUUGCAGAACACUAAGGUCGUAGAACUUGUAUCAAGUGCCCUUAUUGACUUAGUACAAGGAAUAUACUGUGAAAACUCUACUUCGUCAGAGGAAAACUGUAUCACAGAUGAUAUCGGAAUAUCGACUUGGAAGGAGCAGAUUUUCCUCUCCCAUAGUGCCUUGCUAGCAAAAAGCUGCCAAGCUGCAAUGGAAUUAGCAAAGCAUGAUACUGAGGUCCAGGAUAUGGCAUUUCAGUAUGGAAAGCACAUGUCUAUGAGUCAUAAGAUAAACUCUGACCUCCAGCCUUUUAUUAGAGGAAAGUGCGGUGGCUCCAUAGCAUUUAAUUUAAAUUCAGCUCCUGUAGUCUUACAUCAGGAGUUUCUUGGAAGAGAAAUGUGGAUUAAGCAGAUCAGAGAGGCUCAAGAAAAAGGGAACUUAAACUAUUCAAAGUUGCAAGAAGCAAUCCUGGCUGGCAAAGGUGUGACUUCAGCUAUUGACCUAUGUCGUUACCAUGGAAACAAGGCCCUGGAAGCCCUGGAGUGCUUUCCUCCCUCUGAGGCCAGAUCUGCUUUAGAAAACAUUGUGUAUGCUGUCACCAGGUUUCCUUGACACAGAAUUUAAAAAGAGACUAUUGUUCGUUGGCUGAAAAUAACAGGGAAGAUGGGGGAGAGGGCUCCACUGUGAACCAUCUAAAUGUGUCAGUGGUCUAAUUUUUUUUUUCGUUUACCACAUAACUGAAUGAGAUUCGCCUUCCUUUUGGAGCUGCUACAAACAAAAUUAGGAGAAGGAGAAGAAGAAGAAAAAAAAAAGGUCAAACAGUUUUCACUUGGCAUGCCAGAAGCACACUUGAGGCAGCUCUAGCAGAAAUAAUUAAUGAGCUUCGCUCCUGUGACCUCAGCAAAUGGACAGGAAAUAAGUCCGUAUUGAUUGGACCGAGCUAGGGAUGGCGCCAGGGUGAUGGCCUGUGGUUUCCCCGCGCUAAAAAGGACAGAGGGGGGCAGGCAGGCAGCUGCAGGUGUCGGGAGCAAGCCUUUCUGAGCAGGCCAGAAUAGAAGAGUGUGUGAAGUCAAGAAUUAAUGUACCAAUUUGUCAUUGUGAAGGGAAGUCCAAUGAAUUAAGAAGGAAAACCCUUUCUCUGUCUCUCUGCAAUUAUGUCUCCUCUCCAUUUUAUGUAUUCAAAUAUGAAAAUACUUUGUGCCUCAUAUUUUUAAUAUUUGCUAAAUGUACUGAGAAAAUGUGUCAAGUGUCUUAGGUAGGAAAUUUUUAAGUGCUAUCUGAUUUUCACUUGGUUCUUAUAGAAGAGGGAAUUGUCUCUUUUUUUCCUCUUUCUCUCCUGAAGAUUAAAUUUUUAACCACCGCUUCAGAGAACCAAACUUUUUCUCCUUGAUCAAAGUCAUCUUCUCUAACAGUGAUACAUUCUUUUUCCUUGAUUGGUAACAGAAUUGUCUUUCAAAUGAAAUGUAUAAAUUUGUAAUACUUGGGAUUGACGAAUACUUUUAUUUGUACAGAUUUUCCGUGGUUUAAUCGUAGUACCAGGAAAUUUGUUGGGGGGAUUUUGUUUAACCUCACAAUGUUGAAUUUGAAAGUCUUGAACCACAGACAUCCAAUUACAGAAAGAAUAUAAGGACUAUCACAACCCAGCAACUUGACACUGUCUCUGUUUUGUUCAUAGGAGAUGAUUUUUGUGGUUUGCAUGCAUGCAAUAUGAGAACAGCGUUGACAAGAAGGCUGAGUUUACAUAAAUGAUCUCGAUUGAGACUCAGCUACCUUUCUUCCUUAUGUGGUGUAAUUACAGCCCAAUCUGGAGACAGCUAACACAGCAAACAGAUUUCAUUACAUCCUUCACUCCGACUCUGAGUGGAGUUAUUUCUGUUAAAUUCUUCACCCCCCCCUCAAAAAGUCAUAGAGCUCCUUUAUCAGGGACCAACUGAGUGGCAUACAUCUGAAUAAUAGAUACAAAACUAUAUGUGUUUAAUCAUCGUGUUGUUAAAAAAUAUUUAAAAUGUACUUGAAACAUCAUUGUAAUUGUUUGGUUUUAUGCAAGUAUGGUUUGAAUGUGUUAUAGGGAUGUCAAUUAGUAGACCAUUUUAUUUUUCUGUUUAAAUUACUUUUCUCACUGAUGUUGGCUUAAUUAGUAACUGUAGUUAAGAUGUAUUCCAUCAGGCUUUUUCUUUAAUCAUUAACUUCUGGAAAAGCUCUCCUAGUGCUUUGUCUUCCUCAGAUGGGGGCCUAAAUGUCCUUUAACUCCUAUUAAGAAAAUGAAUAGUGAUGUUUAUAUUUUGUAGAGUAAAAAUUUCCUGUCUCGUAGUGCCUAAACAAAGAAAUAAAAUAAGAAAUUUGAAAAGGAGAUCCCUGGUCAGGUGGGUAGACCCUAACCACCGUGGAUUCUGUUUUGAAUUUGGAGUCAGAAGACCGAGGUUCAAAUUCUGCCACUUCUUAUUAUCUGUAUAACUAACUGUUGGACAAGUCAUUUAAUCUCUUUGGGCCUCAGUUUCCUCAUCUGUAAAAAUGAAGGGAUUGAAAGGUUCCUUCUUGCUUUAAAUCUCUGAUCCUCCAUAUUUCUUUACCAACUCCCGUAUCUCUUCUUUCACAGCCAGAGCCACAGGCUUUUCUGCUGCUCACUCAUACCCCCUGCCUCAACUAUUCCAAACAUCAUAGGAGAGAGGACUGUCCUUUAAGAUUGAGUGUCCUUGAGACAGGAUUGGGAGAAUCGUUUGAAAACAAAGGGUCUGAAGGGAGCUGCACAGUUGGAAGUAGUGUGGUCAGAAAGGAUAAGGCCAAGAGUCAGAGGAAAUUCAAAAGAUUUGCUGGCAUAGAUCCCUGUAAGUUAUACUAACUCUUGGCCACACAGGUCCGAAAAUACCAUGGCACAUCUUCUGCGUGUGGAGCACAAUCCUGGAUUCCCCUUUUUUAGCAUCUCCCUUUCUGUGCCCCAUUCUUUUUCUGCAGGCCUUCCUGUUUCCCUUUCUGCCUCCCUUUCUGAGUCUUUUCCCUAGUUCCCUUUCUUUGCCUCCUUCUUAGCUCUCUUUCUAUUCCUGCCUCCUACAUCUUGUUAUCUUUUUUCCCUUUGCCAUUCAACCCUCAAGCACAAGGUGCCCUGAUCCUGCCUUCUGUUUGCCUAGCACUUCUCAUACUACAGACUCCCGUGUAAUCAUGGCCUCUCUCUCAGUGUUCUGUGGUCCUGAAGUAUAUUUCUCUCCUGCCUUUACCCACGACCUUAAGCUUCACCAUCUUAUCUUGGUACUAGGCAAGAAGGUUGUUCAGAACUAAUUUAUGCUAAGGCAUGAAUGAGAGAUGGCUACUAGCCCUCUUUGGGGAGUGAUUUGUUGGCCCAAAUGAAUCUCUAGUGGAUUUUCAGAUUAAAAUGUGGGGAACUCUUAAGUGAGACCAUUCAGUUUACUCUCCUGUUUAACCUCUGGAACUGUGGCAAGAGAAGAAGCUUGCAGCCCCUAAAGAUGCCAGAUCUUUUCAGGAAGGAGUUGGUCUCUUCUCUCUUUUUGAGUUUUUUACCAGCUUUCUGUCUGUACCUGAGGUCUAAACUACUUCUACUGAUCUUUACCUUUCAUUGAAGUUUCACAUGCAUACACAGAGAAAGAUAGAGAGAGAGAGAGAGAGAGAGAGAGAGAG